UGCACCUGUUUAAUGUUUUCUCUUAAUAGAUGAAAACAGGUGCCCCGCAGUCUGCUAUACUAAUCUGCAACAUUUACCUUAAACAUUUUCUAAAAAUAUUUGCCUAAAAAUGCGAAGAGGGUUGAAACAAUUUAAAAUUGAAGAAAUGACAGUAUUUCAUAAUUAUUAUGGUACCACAAAUGGAUCAAAACUCUAUGAAGAUGAUGAGUUCUCAUCUAAUUUAAAGCCGAAAACAUGCUACUUUCCAAGACGGUAUGUGCUGGUCAUACUUGGUUUCAUUGGUAUGUUCAAUGUGUAUGCGAUGCGAGUAAACCUCAGUGUAGCAAUGGUAGCCAUGGUCAAUCAAACAACAGAUAAAAACAGUUCAAUACACCAAAUAACUGAAUGUCCGAAUCUCUUACCCAACGAGCCACAGAACAAAACUAUAUUUAAAGGAGACCAAUACAAUUGGGAUACUACAGCUCAAGGCCAUAUUUUGGGAUCUUUCUUUUAUGGCUACAUUGCAACUCAACUGCCUGGCGGAAUCCUUUCAGAAAAAUUUGGUGCCAAGUGGCUGUUUGGUGGCGGUGUCCUGGUCACAGCUGUUCUUUCCCUCCUGACACCAGUGGCGGCAAGUUGGGGGACUGCUGCUUUCAUUGUCGUCCGAGUUCUUGAAGGACUUGGAGAGGGUGUGACAUUUCCAGCCAUCAAUUUCGCCAUCAGCACUUGGGCACCAAAGAUAGAGAGGAGCAGACUCUCCACAUUAAUAUUUACCGGAAACCAAUUUGGAAAUGUCGUCUCCAUGUCCAUUUCUGGUGUUCUCUGCAGCACAGAUUUUCUGGGUGGAUGGCCUUCAUGCUUCUAUGUUUUUGGUGCUAUAGGAUGCGUAUGGUUUCUAUUUUGGGGCGGUCUUAUCUAUGAAACACCAGCAAGCCAUCCUAGUAUUUCAAAGGAAGAAUUAUUUUUCAUCGAACAAAACAAAGACGAGAAGCCCAAGGAGAAAGCUGCAAUUCCGUGGAAAAGUAUUUUUACUUCUGUACCCAUGUGGGCUUUAGUUUUUGCCCAUAUUGGACACAAUUUUGGAUUCCUGAUCUUGCUUACAGAGAUGCCAACCUAUUUGAGUUCUAUUCUUCAUUUUGACUUAAAAUCGAAUGGUGUAUUAUCUGCAUUACCCUAUAUUGCACAAGCUCUAACUGCAUGGGUAGCUUCUUACAUUGCAGAUAAAUUGAGAAAAUCCAACAAGUUAUCGAUCACAACCAUUCGCAAAGUGUUCAAUUCAAUUGGUUUAUUUGGACCAGCAAUCUGCCUUAUUGGAAUUACUGUAUCGGGAUGCCGUCCUGAACUCAUAGUAGUUCUACUGACAUUUGCAAUGGCAUUCAACGGUUGCGUAUACUCAGGGUUUAACGUAACUCAUGUGGACAUGUGUCCAGAGUAUGCAGGAACAACAUUUGCUAUAACUAUGGCCAUUUCUAAUUUCUCUGGUAUUAUAGGACCAGCCAUUGUCGGCUAUUUCACUUCAAACGGGCAAACUAUUGCAAAUUGGAGUGAUGUCUUUUAUACGGCAGCCGGAGUAUAUACAGUCUGUGGAGCAAUAUUUGCAGGUUUUGGAUCUGCAGAACUUCAAUCAUGGGGAACAACCACAGAAAAGUCAAAAACUGAUGCCAAGCCUGAAAAAGAAAUGAAAGAAUUAGAAGUGAAGAAUCAUCGGUGAUCAAUAUCGGAUCAUUAUUUAUCCGAGAAACCUGUAUUCUAUCUGCAUUUUCUUGCGUUCUAAAUGCAACAUAGUUUUUAAUGGAUUAUUUUAGAAGAAAAGGGCUAGAACAAAAGAAAAAUGGCCUGUUUUUAGUGUGUAUUUAUAAGUUAUGAGGGAAAAUACUCUACUCUGUAACAACAAGAGGACUUUAUUCGAAAGAUAGGGCGAGUCUAAACCUGAGUUUUAUCUGUAUAUAUGUUUUGUGUACAUAAGCUGCGUGUAUUUUUGUAAUGUGUCUUUUGUAAAAAUUAAAAUGUGUUAUCAGUUUUAGAA